AUGGAUUACGUCGCCAACAAGCAUGCAGUCAGCUUCGUCCGCCCUCUCGCCCGGAUGAAGAUCAAACAGAGGUCCUUCUUCGCAGGCACCUACAAGAUCUGCAAGCUGGCCGCUAACGUGCCGGACUUGGUGGUGUAUGAGGGGGUGGACAGACCCAUCCCCGACGUCGAGCAUUUCCAUGGAGUCCUUCUCUUUGCUGACAUCUCAGGGUUUACCAGCCUGACGGAGACCUACACCAAGAACAGUAAGAAAGGCAGCGGAGCCGAUCACCUCACCCGCACGCUCAACGGCUACAUCACUGACAUCGUGGACCAUAUUCUUCGAGCAGGGGGAGACAUUGUGAACUACGCAGGUGAUGCGAUGUUGGCAUUGUGGAGAGAACACAGGAAAGAGCUGAGUGAGGUGCUCUCCUUGGCUGUGAAAUGCAGCCUGAAUAUACAGGACAAAUGCGACAACAGGGAAACGGAAGUAGGGGUGAAGCUCAGAGUAAAAAUAGGUAUUUCAGCAGGGAAGCUUUCCAAAGUGGUGAUGGGAGACGAGGAUUCCCGUUACUAUGCAUUAAUAGGGCGAGCAAUCGAUGAAGUUCGUAAAGCUGAAGGACUUGCUUCAGCCAAUACUGUGAUUUUAUCCCCAAAUGCCUGGGAGCUGUGUGACCGAUCCAAUAUUGUCGUCGAGAAGAUCGAGAAUGAACGAGCUGUAAAAGUGCGUUAUAUAAAGAGAGAUCCUCGCUUUUCAGUUGAUGCGUACGUGAGAAAAUGUGGGACCCACUUGGAAUAUCAAGAAGUUGGUGUCAGUAAAAAGGCAAUAAGGAAAACAUCAAGAUUACUGCCAAAUGCACAGCUCGAAUCUGUGCUACGUAAAUAUCUGCUGAAAACUGUUUUACUUAAGAUUGAUGAUGCUGUACCGCUGGAUUAUUUGUCUGAAAUGCGACCUGCAACGGUGGUGUUUGUGAACCUGCAGUUUGUGGAAAAUGCAACCAUGUACCAUCAAUGCCAAUCCAUUCAGGCUUGCUGUGUUGGAAUCAACAACGAAUUCAGAAACUAUCAGGGGAGGAUAAAUAAAGUCUUUAUGUUUGACAAAGGAUGUACAUUUCUUUGUGCUUUUGGUCUUCCUGGUGACAAAGGAGAAGAUGAAUGUGGAAAUGCUUUACAGUGUUCCCACAAUGUCCAUGAGUUCUGCAAUAAAUUGCGAUACGUCAGUGUAACUUCAAUCGGCGUGGCCAGUGGCCCUUUAUUCUGUGGAGUCGUUGGGCAUCCUCUACGCCAUGAGUACACAGUGAUUGGUCGGAAAGUGAAUCUGGCUGCACGCUUGAUGAUGACUUAUCCAGGAAUGGUCUCCUGUGAUGAAGAGACUCACUACCAUGCCAAGAUGCCUUCUUCCUACUUCAUUGAACUUCCCAAGCGAGCUAUGAAAGGCGUAGCUAACCCAGGCACUAUCUACCAGUACCUGUCCAAGAAACAUCAGAAAAUACUUGGAAAACCUCGAAUCUCCGUUGAAAAAGAUGAAGAUUAUCCUCUUUUGGGCCGAGAGAAGGAGAUGAGAAUUUUCCACAAGGCCAUGACAAAGUUUGUAGCAGCAAAGGCCCAGCAAUCCAUGGACUGUUGCCAGGUGAUCAUGUACGAGGGAACCGUCGGCUAUGGCAAAAGCCGACUCCUUGCCGAAAUCAUCCGUACAUCACUAGCAGACGACGUGAGGGUGUUACCGUAUGAAUUGGGGAAAAUGGACAUUACUGAGCCCUAUUAUACUAUUCAAACCAUGAUGGCAUUACUACUGCAGGUGAACCACUGUAAAAGUUAUGCGGAGCGAGAAAGAGUUUUAUUGAGCAAGAUUACAAAGCCAGAAUUGGUGGAAGAUUUAUGUCUCUUAAAUGAUCUACUUUUUGUGAAGUUUCCAAUUUCUGAAAGAGUAUCUCUCAUGGAUAGUAGAACCAAGCACAGGACAUUUCGAAAUUAUGUGAUUUCUGUAAUCAAACAGAACGUUAUAAGUGAAACGGUGUUGCUGGUCAUCGAUCAAGUCCAAUAUAUUGACACGCCUUCAUGGGAGCUUGUCCUGCAGAUGCGUGCAUCACUCCCGCUGUUUAUGGUGAUGGCGUUGCGACCAUUUACAGUGGAGAAGCCGCCGUGCCAAGCCGCGAUCAUGGUCAUGAGGAGCCAGAGAACGUCCUACGUGAAGCUGUCUGGCUUGGAUCCAAGUAUAAUCCGCCCACUUGCCUGCCAGAUCCUGGGCGUGAUUAGUAUCCCACGAGAGUUGGAAAUGUUGCUGAUGGAACGUAGUUACGGAGUUCCCUACUACUGUGAAGAGAUACUCAGGAGUCUGUAUUAUAGCGACCUCAUCGUGUUGGAACCCCUGGAGGAAGAGGAUGAGGAUGAGAGUGACAUUGUACUCUCUAACGCCAGAACUAAGUUGCUCAUGCAGCGUGAAUCCACCUUCGGACAACCCCGUGAGUCAAAGCAGCAGAGGGAGUGGAUAAGAAAGAAAUGCAAAAUAUUAAGUUUUGCGGGAGGAGCAGGGGGGGUGGAGACGCAAAAGUGCCGAAAGGUGAUAGCGCUGGAUCAGAACGCAAAGGCCGGCAACCAACAGUUUAUAUGCAGUAUCGGAGAAACCGUGAACCUACAGGAAAUCACUAUUCCACUUACACUGAAAGGUAUAGCCUUAGCUCAACUUGAUAGGAUGAACACCACAGAACAGGUUGUUGUCAAGUGUGCCUCGAUCAUUGGGCACACUUUCACCACCAAAAUGCUUCGGUACAUCUUACCCGAAGGCGCUGAGCAAAAGCUGAAUCAAUCCCUUAUAUCCCUGGUGAAGUCUCGGACGUUCGAAUGUGCGUCGAGGAAUGAAAGAAGCUUUUCUGCACCCAUGGAAGGGAGUGAGGAAACCCAUCUCCCCCGCUGCUUCUGUACCCACAGCGGAGACUCCGACGAACAUCUACACGAGGACGAUGAUGAAAGAGGUAAACUCUGGGAGCAUCACACACGAGACAAAGCGGUGGUUUUGAAGUGUAAAGUGAUGCGCUUCUGUAUUGCUCUUGUGCACGAAACAGCCAACGAUCUGUGGCUAAAGGAGCAGAAGAGGUCCCUUCACCUGAAGUGCACCCGGUUCCUGGAGAACGCAGCCCGCAGGUGCCGUACUUGUGGAGACGGUGACUUCAUUUACGAUCACCGGACCAUGGUAAAGUUUGGUGUUACAGAGAGCGAGAGCAACAUACAGAGGCGCAGGGAUUUGUACACCACUCUGAGCCAUGCCAAUGUUGGAGGCUAUUCCACAGAUAAAGGCAGUGAGGAAGGUCCUGUGAUCACAAGCAUGCAAGUACCAGCCGGAAGCGACGACUCUGAAUUUAUUGAAAGGAUAGACAAGUUGCUCAAAGAUUGUGAAGAAUACACAUACCUGUUUGGCAAGAGUUGCGAUUGUAAACCAAUAUUGGAUUCUGUUUAUUGUCCUCUCGUUCGCCACUGGAUGGGAACUGGAAAUGUGGCAAAGACAUUUUUCUAUCUGUUGGAAACUGCUGCAGCAGCGUUGCACGUGUCCAAUAACCUGAUGGCUCUGUCUUAUCUAACGGAAGCAGAAAAUAUGUUGAAUUUAAUACACAAAGGCAAACCAGCUUUUGAAUAUGCCGACACCUCAAAGACUGUAAAAGUCCUUUCUUUCGAACGAGCCUGUGUAUUUAUUCUCAAAGGAGAGGUGCAUUUUAAGACUGGCCAUUUGGAAGAAGCUGAGAAACAUUUCAAGAGAGGCUUAAAGUUACUGAACAAGAAGUUUCCAAAUUUCUCUCUGUCGCAAUUAAUUAGAUAUGCGAUUGAAAACUACAAGCAGUCACAGAGACACCGGGACAGAGAGAUCUUAGCAGACUUGGCUGAGGACAGAGUCGCACCCGUUAAUUAUCAGCAGAUCCACUGCCUGUCCUACCUAUGGCAAACCUUUUGUCUCAAAAGGAACAAUACGUGCAAGUUGCCCGCUUUGCUGACUAUAGCAAUGGAAAUUAACUGCGCUGAAGUCUCCAACAAUGGAUUGAAGGUUUGCUUCAACAAUGACGAUCGACGCCAGGCGCAUAAAAUUGCUGGACUGUUAAAUAAGCCCAAUAUGGAUGUUUACAUCAUUCCUAUUCUGACCAAAGCCUUGCUUCUGACAGGCCGACUCUCAGACUAUGUUGAACUCAUGGCAUUUUUGAAAGACUUUGCAGUUUCACGACACAAUGUGCUGGGACAAGCUUCAUUCUAUGCAGCUUGCCUGGAUUUUUCACUCCAGCAAGGUUUAGCACUAAGGCCGUUUGAAGAAUGCCUUGCUUUUGUUAAUGGAAUCAUUGACGAUCCCUUAAUAAAGUCGGAAAAAAAUAUAAUGCUGGCUCUCCAUUCAUCAGUGGCCCUCUGGUAA